AUGGCGGACAAGGAAGCGGUCGUGUACAUUGUCGACCUUGGCGAGUCCAUGGGCGACUGUCACAACGGCAGGGUCGAGUCGGAUCUCGAUUGGAGCAUGAGGUUUGUCUGGGACAAGAUCUCAACGACCGUGGCCGCCUCCCGCAAGACCUGGAACGUUGGCGUCCUGGGCCUGCGGACAGACGAGACCAACAACCCCCUGCAGGGCGACGAUGGCUACGAAAACAUAUCGGUCCUGCAGGAUCUCGGGCCAAUGAACAUGACGGAUCUCCAGACCUUGCGGUCAAAGAUCAAGCCGAGCUCGACCACCGAAGGCGACUCCAUCUCGGCCAUUGUGGUGGCGGUCGACAUGAUAGCAAAGUUGACAAAGAAGCUCAAGUAUAAGCGCAAGAUCUAUCUUGUCACGGAUGGCGAGGCACCUGUGGACGGUGAUGACUUUGACGACAUUGCAGCUAAAAUCAAAGACACCGGUAUCGAGCUUACAAUCCUGGGUGUGGAUUUUGAUGAUGCCGACUUCGGCGUGAAGGAAGAGGACAAAUCUCAUCACAAAGCACAGAACGAGAAGCUUCUCCGGGAGUUGGCAGACAAGUGUGAUGGCCAGUUCGGCACAGUGGAGGAGGCCGUUUCCUUCUUGGACGUGCCGCGUCUCAAGGUCACCCGACCUUACAAGACAUACGAUGGACCACUCACACUGGGAGAUCCCGAGGUGCAUCCAGACGCCAUGAGCAUCAGUGUUGAAAGAUACUUCAAAGUUCACAAAGCAACGAUACCACCAGCCAGCAGGGUCGUUGUCAAGGACGAGCCCAGCGGCGAGGGCGAUGCCAUGGAAGGCAUUGAAUCGACCACAGAGUUUGCGGCGGUCAAGAAUGCCCGCACAUACAAAGUCAACGACCCAAGCGCGCCUGGGGGCAAGCGCGACGUCGAAUUCGAGUCACUAGCCAAGGGCUACCAGUAUGGCAGCACAGCUGUGCACAUAAGCGAGGCGGAGUUCAACAUUACAAAGAUCGAGACGACAAGAGGAUUUUCUAUCGUUGGUUUCAUCCAACAAGACAAGUUCGAGCCAUUUCUCAAUAUGGGCGAAGCCGGUCUGACGGUAGCGCAAAAGUUCAAUGAUGCAGCAGCUCUCAAGCUCUCGUCUUUCAUCCAUGCCUUACAUGAGCUCGAAUCCUACGCUGUCGCCCGGCUUGUAACCAAGGACGGAAAGGAGCCAGUGCUUGUUCUUCUAGCGCCCCAUAUCGAUGUCGAUUUUGAGUGUUUGUACGACGUUCCACUGCCUUUUGCAGAGGAUGUGAGACAUUACAAGUUUCCACCGCUUGACAAGGUUGUCACCUUGACAGGUCAAACACUGUCAGAACACAAACAGCUGCUGCCCUCAACCGAGCUACAGGAGGUCAUGGACGAUUAUGUGGAUUCCAUGGACAUCUCCACAUGGGAGCCAGAUGAUGACGGUGAGCGGACACAAGAGUAUGCGCCGGUAGAAGAUGUCUUCUGCCCGCCGCUGCAUCGCAUCAACCAAGUAGUCCGGCAUCGCGCCAUUCACACAGAUCAGCCAGUGCCGCCUGUGCCCGAGAUAUUACUCAAGUAUUCUCAGCCUCCCGCAGAUCUUGUGGAGAAAGCCCGAUUAAGACUGGACGAUCUGAUAGAAACGGCAUGCGUCAAGAAAGUGCCACCGAAAGCAAGAGGCAAGCGCGACAGGGCGGACAGAGGUGUCAAGCCUAUAUCGGGAUUGGACGUGGCUGCGCUGCUCAAGCAAGAUCCCUCACGGAAGAAGCUUGACCCCAGCAAUGCUGUUCCUCAAUUCAAGCAGAUGAUUGAGGUGUCGGAAAGCAUGAGCCAAGUAGAGGAUGCAGCGAAGCAGAUGGGCGGCGUUAUUCGAGACCUGGUUUCGGACAGUCUCGGUAACAGUGGUUACGAUCAGGCCAUGGAAGAUCUUGGUGUCUUCCGGGCCCAGAUGAUUGAGAUGGAAGAGCCAGAGUUCUACAACUCCUUCGUCAUGGACCUCAAAAAGCGUCUGCUGGCUGGCGAGCUUGGGGGAGACCGGAGAGAGCUCUGGUGGCAGAUGAAGGGUGCCAAGCUGGGCCUCAUUGAUGAGACGCAAUCCGAACAAUCGAAGGUGACGACUGCAGAAGCGAUAGAGUUUUACAAGUAA